GGGGUGGUGUCGAUCGCAACGGUGCAAAAGAUGCGGAGGGAAAGCAAAUUAAUUGGAGGAUCGGUGAGCUGGAGUGGGAAGCGUGGAUGCGUGUGCUAGAUAAUGCGGGCUAUCGAACGGGUCAUAUCUAUCGACAACCCCUUUUUCGUUCGAGGACACUUCCUUCAUCGACAAAUCAAAAUGAUGUUGCUGUUCCACCUAGCGCCUCUUCUAUUGGCACCGUGGAUGAAUCUGAUUAUGAGUCAGUGACAGCGCAUAAGAUGGCGUUAUUGCGUAAGGAACAGGAACGGUCUCGGUGGUUAAAUUCACCGAAUGCCUACCAGAAAAUUGAAAUCUUGGAAACAGGAACCAAUAAUCCGAAACGGAUUACGAAGUGGGUGCAAGAUGUAAGUUCACCAUCCCAAAGUGGAACACCAGUGAAAAUCUCUUCACCACACCAGUUUAGUCCUUUCUCUGCAAAUCCAAAGGAAUUCAAGGAAAAGCAGAAAGCAAUCAAAGAAAAUCGUCGAUUGGGAACAACUUCAGCAGGUCCACAAUCGCAAAUUUUGGACGGAGUUACAUAUGAAGAGAUCGCACAAAUGCGGGCGGUAUAUUUUUCAUGCCUCUUAAAUUUAUUUUAA